GUCGGAUUCAAAGUGGCUGGUGCCAAAAAGGCAGAGGUGCAGAACCUGGAGCGCCUGGAGCGGCAGUGCGCGCCGCAGCCAACGCGCGGAGUCUGGGGGGCGUGAUCGAGCAGACGCUCCUCAAUCUGCGAGAGGGACACCCUUUAAGACUGGGGGAAUAAAGAGAAAGGCAGCAUCUCCAGCGGCUUCGAGGGACGCCCCAGACCGCAAAGUGAAGCUGAACUACUUAGGAGGCACCACGAUGGCUUCGGUCCUCGGCCACGGCAGCCGCGCUCCGGGCGCUCCGAGCAGCCAGCUGAAAUGCAAGUUCAAAAGGAGACGGAGGAGGAGGUCAAAGAGAAAAGAGAAAGUCAGCAUGCUUUCUGCAUUCAUAGCACCUUUCAAAUGCAUGAAUCCUGGGACAGUAAACACAGAGGACGAAGAUAAUUUGAGCACAAGCAGCGCUGAGGUGAAGGAAAACCGAAAUAUUGGAAAUCUAGAAGACUGCGCUCUGCUUCCCGGAGAUCACCAGUCCAUCUUCCGUUCCGACGCCUCCAGAGGCGGGACUUCUGGCCUGAAGAGGAAGCGGCCACUGGAAGAGGGUAAUAACUCCCACCUUUGUAAGCUCCAGCUGUUUUACAAAAGGCUGAGUUGGUCCGACGCUCCAAAGAAUGCUCUGGUCCAGCUGAACGAGCUCAGGCCGGGCCUGCAGUACCGAAUGGUCUCCCAGACCGGACCGGUGCAUGCCCCAGUGUUCUCAAUUGCCGUGGAGGUCAACGGGCUCACAUUCGAGGGCACAGGGCCUACCAAGAAGAAGGCCAAGAUGAGGGCAGCAGAGAUGGCCCUCAGGUCCUUUGUCCAGUUCCCAAAUGCCCCUCAGGCUCACCAGGCCAUGGGAAACCGGGGCAACCCGACAGCCGACUUCACUUCGGAUCAGGCCGACUUUCCGGACUCGCUGUUCAAGGAGUUUGAGCCGGCGUCCCAAGCUGACGGCCUGCUGGUGUGCGGGUCCACAGAAAAUGAGUCGGUCCCCGGACCCCUCUGGCACGGGAGACCACUUCGCCCCACGCUGGGCCUAGUGGCCCGGGCCGGGCAAAACAAGCAGAAGAUGGCCUCCCCCGUGGAGGGCGAGAAGAGCCCGGUGGUGCUGUUAAAUGAGCUGCGACCAGGCCUGAGGUACGUCUUCCUCUCGGAGAGCGCGCAGAGCAGACACGGCAGGAGCUUCGUAAUGGCCGUGAGGGUGGACGGGAGGAUAUUCGAGGGCUCUGGACGCAGCAAGAAGCUGGCAAAACGCCAGGCGGCGCUGUCCGCGUUACAGGCUCUCGAGUUGGCACCCGAGGGGAGAAGCAGCCAUAUUCCCAGCAGGAGUAAAUGCCCUCAUUUCCCACAGGCCUUCGCAGACGCGAUAUUCCACCUGGUGACGGAGAAAUACCGCGAGCUGGCGGGCGGGUGCUCCCCAACGCACGCGCGCCACAAGGCCCUGGCGGGGAUCAUAAUGACCAGAGGUCUGGAUCUCAGGCAAGCCCAGGUCAUUGCCAUAUCGACCGGCACCAAAUGCCUGAGUGGCGAGUACAUCAGCGAGCAGGGCCUGGCGGUGCAUGACUGCCACGCUGAGGUCAUCGCCAGAAGAGCCUUCCUGCGGUUCCUCUACACUCAGCUGGAGCUUUUCCUCAGCAAAAACAAGGCAGACUGGGAGCAGUCGAUCUUCAUCCGGCACAAGGAGGCCAGCUUCCGGCUGAGGGAGAACAUCCUGUUCCACAUGUACAUCAGCACAUCUCCUUGUGGGGACGCCCGGCUCAACUCUCCCUAUGAAAUCUCCACCGAUCUGCACGCUGGCCGGCCGCUGGUGAAGAAACCACACGGGAAACUCCGGGCUAAGGUGGAGUCUGGCGAGGGCACCCUGCCCGUACGCUCCAGUACCGACACACAGACAUGGGACGGCGUGCUUCAGGGGGAGCAGCUCAUCACCAUGUCCUGCACAGACAAGAUCUCCAGGUGGAACGUUCUGGGCCUACAGGGAUCCCUGCUCACGCACUUUGUGGAGCCCAUCUACCUGCACAGCCUGACGGUUGGCAGCCUCCGGCACCCGGGCCACUUCUCCCGGACGGUGGCACGGCGCCUGGAGCACGUCGACACCCUACCACCGUCAUACAGGCGCAACCAGCUCCUGCUCAGUGGCCUCAGCCGCGAUGACAGCCGUCAGCCGGGAAAGUCGCCCUGCUUCAGCGUGAACUGGACGGUGGGUGACGGCCAGCUGGAGGUGGUGAACGCCGCCACGGGCAAGAGGAGGGAUUCAGGGGCGGCGUCGCGGCUCUGCAAGCGUGGGCUGUUCGCGCGCUGGGCCAGGCUGCGCCGGAAGCUGAGCACGCACACGACGAGCCAUGGGGAAACGCCACUGGUAUACGCCGAGGCCAAGCUGGCCGCCCGAUCCUACCAGGCUGCAAAGCAGCAGCUGUUUCGCUCACUGCGAGAAGCAGGACUGGGCACCUGGGUAAAAAAGCCACCUGAACUGGACCAGUUUGAACUGCCAGUCUGAAGACCAGAAGGGAGGAGGGGCCAGGGUGGGGUUGGGACGUGGUUCUUGGUAGGUGAUCAGGGUGUCUGCUCUUCAAGGAGAGCUUGUGGAGGAAGUGAAAAGAGAAUUACCAAAAACGAAGGUGAUGUCGGUGGAAACGUGGGCGGGGGUGUGGGUGGAUAAUUAGGCAGAGACUCCGUGGAGAAAUGGGCGGAGAUGUGGGCAAUGAGAACUCAGGAGCCCAGGACACCUCGCCAGUGCCCGCAGCCUGCUGCUCCAUGCAGGGUGGGGGCUGUCGCCCCAGUGGAGCGCUAACCUCUACCAGAGUGAAAGGCAGCAGUUAUCGUGUCAUCAGCCAUUUCCAGCCUUUUAUCUCCAUGGCCACCCAGUUAAAGGCGCUGUCACAGUGACGUGUGCAAAGCAGGACCACCGCAGUGACGUGUGCAAAGCAGGACCACCGCACCCUCACCAUCCCUCCGUCUGUCUGCCCACCCCUGUUGAAAGUAGACCAGUAGCGCAAUUUGACCUUGCAAAAACAUGAAAUCAGGGGGGGGGGACAUGGCACAGGACGUAAACCAGGGGACAGACCCCCCCCACCCCACCUUCACACUCACAACCCCUAUUUCACACGUAGGCUGAAUGCUGUCAACAAACUGCCCCCCUAACUGAGAGGAGGGUGUGACUCGUUGGCAUGGAAACGACUGGUGAGGCAGCUAAGAAAGGCCCCCCAUUCAUUCAGCAUCGCUCUGACCCAGCCCACGCUGGAAAACACCACCCUUCCAGCCACUGUCUCCCUUUGGGAUUUUUAGAUCGAAAUCAGCAGACAGGGCACGCUCGACUUUCCCAUUUUUGCACCAUCUGUCUCUUGCGUGUGAAACUAUUAGCUAUUACAGAUUAUCAGGACCAUUUGUUUUGCUACAUGUAAACAUUUAUUUUUUCAUAGGAGUGUAUCAGGAGUACAUCACGACAUACAUUAAAAGCCACCGCCCCCUAGUGGCCUCAUGCUGUUACCCUCCCUGCUCUGACUGAGUCAGAUAGACAUUGUUCUCACAUUCACUAUUUGCUGGUGCUAUUUGCUCUGACAUGGCACAUGAAUCACUCCGUGUUCCUGCUGAGACGGUACAGCGGGGGUGCCAGAUGACAUCACCGAUAGCCCUGCGGACAGAACACACCAAAAACACACAGAAACUUACCUUAAAUGUUACCCCAGUUUAAAUGAAAGUGACCUGACAUCAACCUUUAAAAAAAAUGAUGAUUUCAGGUCCCUCACCUAGUGAUGUAUUGCUGGGGUUUGACAUAUAAAUGUAGAACUACACUGACCAAAAUAAAGCAAGUUAUAUCAAGAGUUACAUAAAAAAAACCGCUUGUAUUCAGUUAAAGGACUUUUAUUUUGUGUACAACGAGGUCUGAAUUGUCAGUCUCAACCUACACGGCUGUGACAGAGGACACGGGUUCUGAUGUAUGCAAAGAGAUUCUGCGUCCACAGCAAGGUCUCGAUCACCAGCGAAGCACUUGGCACCAUCCUGGCGACAGCUACCUGAGCAUGAUGCUCAUCAAUCCAUCAAACACCUGACCAUUUCCAAAAUACGACAAUGGUUAAUGCUCACGGUCCGAAAGCAAAGCCCUUACGUGUGUACAGACAGCCAAAGUGACUGUCUGUCGGAAUGGCAAUAUUCACAUCAAUGGGUGUAAAUCUGUAAUAUUUGUAAAAACAAACAAAAAAAAAAAGUAAGGAGUCAUUAGAGUAUCACAGAAUUAAAGAUGUAAAUUUAGAUGAUGAGCAUACGCUGCUAGUCUGUAAAUUGCACUUAAGCUAACUUAUAAGUGAAUGUUACAGUUUCAGUAAAUAAAAAAAUGGAAAAUCUGAACCGCAGCUUUUUUUUUGGCCAACAGUAAGAAGAUGCUGUCCAGGUAGGUUUAGGCGAGUCUGAGUUAUGUGUUUUGCAGGAGCACACUCGGUUUAUUACAAUUAAUAAGUUUUAUAUAAAAUUCCCGGGAUUGAACUUGUCCUGAAUUGACCUGGCAAAACAUCUAGCAGGGUAAAGGACA